UUUAGUGCAGUUGCUUGGAGGGCUGAGCUGCAUUGGAUAAAUGCCUUUCCCAUCUAAUUAACUCUGCUUUCCAGAGUAUAUAUACUUUUAUUAUUUUUUUAAAGAACACCUCUAUUCUUCAAUACUUGUUUGCAUAUACACAACAGAACGGUUUUUCUGAGUAAUGGCCGCGCUCAGAAUCAUCGCCUGAUGCUCCGGAGAGAUGAAUUGCAGAUGAGUUUCCCUUCCACCUUUGGAUGAAUCUCUGGAGUUUAAAUUGUAGCAAGGAAGCGGGAAAAAAACACGAUGAAAGAGAAGUCCAAAAAUGCUGCCCGGACUAGACGGGAGAAAGAAAACAGUGAAUUUUAUGAACUGGCUAAAUUACUACCCCUGCCCUCGGCUAUCACCUCUCAGCUGGACAAAGCAUCCAUAAUCAGACUCACCACCAGCUAUUUAAAAAUGAGAGUGGUUUUUCCAGAAGGACUUGGAGAAGCCUGGGGCCACUCCAGCCGAACCAGCCCACUGGAUAAUGUCGGACGGGAACUGGGAUCCCAUCUUUUGCAGACGUUGGACGGUUUCAUAUUUGUUGUGGCUCCGGAUGGCAAGAUCAUGUACAUCUCGGAGACGGCCUCGGUGCACCUGGGCUUGUCGCAGGUAGAGCUGACCGGCAACAGCAUUUACGAGUACAUCCACCCCGCCGACCAUGACGAGAUGACGGCGGUGCUGACGGCGCACCAGCCUUACCACUCGCACUUCGUGCAGGAGUACGAGAUCGAGAGAUCCUUUUUCCUGAGGAUGAAGUGCGUCCUGGCCAAGAGGAACGCGGGCCUCACCUGCGGGGGCUACAAGGUCAUUCACUGCAGCGGGUACCUGAAGAUCCGUCAGUACAGCCUGGAUAUGUCUCCCUUUGACGGCUGCUACCAAAAUGUUGGCUUGGUCGCCGUGGGCCACUCGCUGCCGCCCAGCGCCGUGACGGAGAUCAAGCUGCACAGCAAUAUGUUCAUGUUUCGGGCCAGCCUAGACAUGAAGCUCAUAUUCUUAGAUUCCAGGGUAGCUGAGCUAACAGGUUACGAGCCCCAGGACUUGAUAGAGAAGACCCUUUACCACCACGUCCAUGGCUGUGACACCUUUCACCUGCGUUGUGCACAUCACUUGUUGCUGGUGAAAGGCCAAGUGACCACCAAGUACUACCGCUUCUUGGCCAAGCACGGCGGCUGGGUGUGGGUGCAGAGCUACGCCACCAUCGUGCACAACAGCCGCUCCUCCCGCCCGCACUGCAUCGUCAGCGUCAACUACGUUCUCACGGAUACUGAAUAUAAAGGCCUGCAGCUCUCCCUGGAUCAGGUCACUGCUACCAAGCCGGCGUUCCCAUACGCAAAUUCAACUCCAGCCAUAACAGACAACAGAAAGGGAAGCAAAUCUCGCCUCUCGAGCACAAAGUCCAAAUCAAGGACAUCACCGUACCCACAGUAUUCCGGAUUCCACACCGAGAGAUCCGAGUCUGACCACGAGAGCCAGUGGGGCGGGAGCCCGCUGACCGACACGGCUUCUCCGCAGCUGCUGGAGCCUGCGGACAGGCCGAGCUCCCAGCACCACGACGUCUCCUGCGCCUACAGACAGUACCCAGACCGCAGCGCGCUCUGCUACGGCUUGGCGCUGGACCACGCCAGGCUGGCUGAUGACAGGCAUUUCCACACGCAGGCCUGCGAGGGAGGCAGAUGCGAAGCUGGCCGCUAUUUCCUCGGCACGCCGCAGCCGGGAAGGGAGAGCUGGUGGGGCUCUCGUUCGGCGCUGCCUCUGACUAAGUCGUCCCCCGAGAGCAGAGAAGCGUAUGAGAACAGCAUGCCCCACAUCACGUCAGUGCACAGGAUUCAUGGAAGAGCACACUGGGAUGAGGACAGUGUUGUUAGCUCACCUGAUCCUGGCUCUGCCAGCGAGUCAGGCGACCGAUACCGCGCUGAGCAGUAUCAGAACAGCCCGCACGAGCCCAGCAAAAUUGAAACUCUAAUAAGAGCCACCCAGCAAAUGAUUAAAGAAGAAGAAAACAGGCUACAGCUGCGGAAAACCACUCCUGACCCACUGGUCUCCCUUAAUGGCACAGGGAAGAAGCACGCUAUCUGUUUUGCCAACUACCCCCAGCAGCAGCUGGCAGCGGACGCCUGCCGCGUCCCAACAGUUGCCAACACUCCUCCUUGUGAACACAUCCAGCAGCGGGAUGGAAAGAUCAUGAGCCCACACGAAAAUGACUAUGACAACAGCCCCACAACACUCUCUAGGAUAAGUAGCCCCAGUUCUGAUAGAAUAUCAAAAUCUAGUUUGGUACUUGCUAAAGACUACCUGCACUCAGACAUGUCCCCUCAUCAAACCCAAGGAGACCACCCAGCAGCCUCUCCAAAUUAUUACAGCUCCCACAGGCAGUACUUUGACAAGCAUGCUUACACACUGACUGGAUAUGCCCUGGAGCAUCUAUAUGACACUGAAACAAUUAGAAGCUACUCACUAGGCUGUAAUGGAUCGCACUUUGAUGUGACUUCUCACUUAAGGAUGCAGCAAGAUCCAGCACAAGGACACAAGGGAACAUCUGUUAUAAUAACCAAUGGAAGCUGACACUUUUUUUUCUAAAAACUUUUGUGCUUUAAAAAAUAACCUUUGAGAUCUAAUUGGAAGAUGUUCUAUGUUUUCAUGCCCUUGUCCUU